AUGACAUUAGUUGGCGGUAAAUAUAAUUUUGGUUGUUGUGUAAUACAACAUCUACAAAUUGCCAACUACGAAGACGAAUGGUCACUGGAAAAAUCUACUACUCACUUCUACCUCUGCGAUGAAUCAUCAGACCUAACAGCGAUCAUCUACCACAACAUUUGGAAACAUGUCAGUUCAAUUCUAUUCAGUCAAGAUGACAAAAUACUCGAUUUCUCCAACCAAUCUAUUAUAUCCGACUUCGAUAUCCACAGAAACAUUCUAAAAUUAAUAAACAACACUCCAACACCAGCCAACUAA